AUGAACUAUCACCAGCACAGGGCGCACGCCAUGGACCCGUCGGCCUAUGGCCAACCGGGUCCGCCGAGGUACGUCAUGCUCUCCGAGGUCGGCAACGGCACCCUUCAACCCCCCCCGGGCCGCCGCAACCUCCCCCGCUACUACUCCAGCAAGGCCAGCGGCGGCGGCGGCGCCUGCUCCUGCGGCUGCGCCGCCCUCUUCUGCUGCUGCCUCCUAUCCCUCCUCCUCGCCCUCCUCCUCUCCCUCCUCUUCCUCUUCCUCGCCGUCGACCCCAAGUCCCCGUCUUACACCGUCUCCCACCUCAACGUCGGCGCCUUCGACGUCCUCCCCGACCUCUCCCUCCGCACCGAACUCCACGCCAGCGUGCGCGCCGAGAACCCCAAUGCGCGCAUCGCCAUUGCCUAUGGCUCGGGCGGUUCCGUGGCGGUGGCGUACCGCGGCGCACGGCUGUGCGCCGGGGAGCUGCCGGCCUUCUUCCAGGGCCACCAGAACACCACCACAAUCGAGGUACUGCUGCGCGGGGAGAGCGCACUGGGUAGCGGGGUGCAGCAGGCGCUCAUGGAGAGCCGCCGCUCGGGUAGGAUCCCCCUGGAGGUGUACGUGAAGGUGCCGGUGGUGCUGCGGCUGGCCGGGGCCGUGGACCUGAGGAAGAUGACGGUGUCCGUCAUGUGCUCGCUCGUCGUCGACAGCCUCGCGCCUAACCAGAAGGUCGGCAUCAAGUCGGCGCAGUACAAGUUCAACGUCGAGUUUUAG